AUGAAGAUUGUAAUUAUUGGAGGAGUUGCUGGAGGAGCCAGUGCCGCAGCAAGAGCCCGUCGUCUUGACGAGAAAGCUGAAAUUGUCUUGCUCCAAUCUGGACCCGAUGUUUCCUAUGCCUCAUGCGGUAUGCCGUAUUUCAUCGGAGGUGAGAUUGCCGAUCGUAAGAAGAUGGCUGUCCAAACACCUCAGUCCUUGCACGAUCGCCUCGAAUUGGACGUUCGAGUCAAUGUCAAGGUCCAGAGCAUUGAUACUGCAGCCAAGAAAGUUUCUGCUCGAAAUGAAUCAACUGGGGAGGUAUACGAAGAGACAUAUGACCAUUUGGUUCUCGCUGUGGGUGCGGCGCCCUUCAAGCCUCCCAUUCCAGGAAUUGAUCGCCCUGGCCUUUUCAGUCUUCGCAGUUUGCAAGAUAUGGAUCACAUUGUCUCGUGGCUCGACAAAAAGGCCAAAGAUACUAAAGACUUGCACUGUGUGGUGGCCGGUGCUGGCUUUGUCGGUCUCGAAAUGGUCGAACAAUUGGUGCAUCGUGGUGCCAAAGUGACCUUGGUCGAAAUGAUGCCACAAAUCCUGGGCCCCCUUGACGAAGAAAUGGCAAUAUUGUUGCAAAACGACCUGGUUGCAAAGGGGGUCACUGUCAUCACGGGAGACGGUAUCAGUGAAUUCAAGGAAGCACCAGAAGAUCCUGAAGCAUCCAUCUUGACUUUAGGUUCAGGUAAGGUCCUUCCAGCAGCCCACAUGACCAUCUUGGGCUUGGGCGUCAGACCCGAUACCAAGGUUGUCAAGGACGCUGGAAUCGAAGUCACUCCACGCGGACACAUCAAGGUUGACGAGUAUCUUCAAACCAGUGCUCCCAAUGUUUGGGCAGUAGGAGAUGCCGUGGAAGUCAAGAACCCAUUGCUCGAAGGAGAAAUGUGGGCGGUCCCACUCGCGGGUCCAGCCAAUCGUCAAGGACGCAUGGUGGCCGACAACAUCAUCCGAGGACUUGUUCGCAAAUACAAGGGAACCUAUGGAACUUCCGUUGUUCGUAGCUUUGACUUGUAUGCUGCCGCUGUGGGCAUGAACGAAAAGAUGAUGAUUGCCAAGAACCUUCCAUACUCUUGCAUUCAUAUUCACCCAGGAAGUCACGCUGGAUACUACCCCGGUGCCAAGUCGGUCCAUCUCAAGCUUAUUUUCAAUCCAAAGACUGGCGAUAUCUAUGGGGCCCAAGCCGUCGGUGAAGAUGGUGUGGAGAAGCGCAUUGACGUCAUUGCCACGGCGAUGCAAGGCCACCUAAAGGUCGACGACCUUGCCGAUUUGGAGCUCUGUUAUGCUCCUCCAGUGGGAUCCGCCAAGGACGUGGUCAAUAUGGCUGGCAUGUCCGCCCAGAACAUUGUCGAGGGUCUUGUCUCGCAAGUAGAAUGGAAGGACCUUGAAAAGUUGGCUCAUGACGAUAAGACUCUUAUCCUCGAUGUGAGAAAUCAAGGAGAAAUCGCCUCCUCCGGAAAGCUCGCACAUGAUGCCAUGAAUAUCCCCUUGAAUGAUCUGCGUACACGCUUGGACGAAAUCCCCAAGGACAAGCAUAUUGUUGUGUCCUGCCAGAGUGGACAACGGGCAUAUUAUGCUUACAGAAUCUUGAAGCAACAUGGUUUUGAACAUGUUGACAAUCUUGGGGGAGCCUAUGCCACAUUCCACUCCAUCCAUCCAGAUGAGAUCGACGCCUAG